AUGAAUAAUAGCGUUGGGGUUGGCAUUCCCAGCGUCCUCCUUGUUCUAGGCCACUGGCUCUUUUUCAAUGCGAGAAUCACUCAACCGCUGUCACCGCUUAUUUUGACCUGGUCUGACAAGAGUUAUGGCCCAGAUGGUCCAUGGCAAGCUGUCUCUGUGAAGAUAGGCACGCCAUCACAGACUGUUGCACUGUAUCCCGUUGGAACUUGGUCCUGUGCCAUUCUUCUGUCGACUAUCUGCGCCAAUCUGAGCGAAACCACAACGUGGUAUGCAAGCAAUGCUGGCUUAUACGAUCGAAAUGCUUCGAUGAGUGCAGGACCAGAUGCCGUUGAUUCCAAAUCAUACAAAGCACUCGACGAUCUCGCAACUCCGGGCAUGGCUGGAAGAAGUGUCUUCUACGAUGAUUUUGAUAUCGGUGGCCUCAUCAUCCCUAAUGUCAGCAUGACUGGGAUAUAUGAUGGCUAUCAAACAUACCCGAAUGGUCGGAAUUAUCCGAUAGAGGUCGGAACCUUAUCAUUUGGAGCCCCAACUUUGACUCACCAAUGGGGCUACACUAUGAUGAUGGUGGCUAGCUACCUGUACACUUCGAACGACACUCCAUCUUAUUCCUACGGAAUGCAUAUUGGAUCAGCAGCUCUUGGAAUCCCUGGCUCGGCUGUACUAGGCGGAUACGACAAAAAUCGGAUCGCGGGAGAGGUGUCAGCCCAGCCCUUUGCGCCCUUCGACUCCACUAAUCCAGGCGGGGACUUAAUAAUUGGGCUGUUCGAUAUUGGAGUCGGUGUUGCGUCGGGAGGAUCCCCUUGGAGCUUCAACGAGAAAUCAGGACUUUUGUCUCAAUCGAACUCGAGUUUGAUGGCCCCUGUUACGGUGCAACUGGCUCCCAUAAAGCCCUAUAUGUACCUCGCACCAAGCACAUGUGAUGCAAUUACAUCAUUGCUACCUGCGACAUUUGACUCGGAUCUUGGUCUCUAUCUCUGGAAGACAGACAGCGAUCAGUACCGCUCGGUUCAGUCGCCUGCUUACCUAUCAUUCACUUUCGAAAAGGACAGCACGAACAGCAAAAACAUAACCAUCAAAGUGCCGUUUGCCCUUCUGAAUCUUCCAUUACAAGCACCUCUGGUCAAUGAAGACACCCCCUACUUUCCUUGCUUCCCGACCGACGGCCCCUAUUACCUUGGACGCGCCUUUCUUCAAGCAGCCUUUGUUGGCGAGAAUUAUGGUACGGGAGAUGGAUCUGGAACGUGGUUCUUGGCUCAAGCACCCGGUCCGGGUCUGGUUGAUAUUUCAACUUCGACAACCAUCGCAGUCGGGGAUUCCACGAUCCCGGCCACAGACAAUUCGUGGGAGGUUAGCUGGAGCUCUCACUGGACAGAGCUAUCGUCUUCUCAAACAGGCAAUAUCACCGCAUCUAAUUCCAAUUCAACCUCAACUUCGCCUUCCUCUUCCGGGCUUUCCCAGGGUGCCAAAACCGGCAUUGGUGUUGGAGUUGGUCUCGGGGCAGCAAUUGUGGUGUGUGCUCUCGCUUGGGCGCUUAAUAUGCGCCGUCGUCGCAAGGACGAGAAGGAUUCAGGAGACCCAAGCAGCACGUCCUCUCCCGGAGGAACUUCGAGUGGCUACUGGCAGCCUGUUGCCCAAGAAAUGGCCAGGAGCGACGAUCACAGCAAUCUUCAUGAGGCCCCUAUAAUGCCAGCGAAACAGGACCAACACUACGAACUCUCUUAA